AUGAGUUUUAAUAAUGACGGAAAAUAUUAUAAAUGUACAAUGAAUAACGAAUCAGUUAAAAAAAAUGCAGGAUUUAACAAAAUAUCAAGAGCUUCGAUUAAUAGUAAUGAAAAAAUUAACUUACCAAAUAAAAAACACAAUUAUGAUGAAAAUAAUAGUAUAAACAAUAAUUUAAAAAAAGAUAAGCAUAUGUUAGUAAAGAAUAAUACACAAAAUAUAUCCAUUAAUUUUACCAAUAAAAAAGAUUCUCUGUUUUCAAAAACAACGAAAUAUUUAAAUAAUAUAAAAGAAUUCAAUUCCGAAUAUAAAAUAGAAGAGGAGAAGAGAAAAAUGAUUGACGAUAUUGAUAAUUUACAUAAGAGUGAAAUGAAAGAUACUAAAAAAAAAGAAAGCAGCAACUAUUUUACAAAUGAUAAAAUAACGGGUAAGUAUUUACAUAGCAGAGAAAACAAAAGUUUUGAUAUAUUACAUGAAAAACGUAGUAAUGAAAUUUAUAUAAAACCAAUAAAUAAAAAAUAUAUGAAUUCAUGUGAAAAAAAAAAAAAAAGAUCAUAUGAAGAAUUAAAUGAUAAAAUAGAUAAAGUAUAUUCUCAUAAUUCUAAUAAGAAGUCAUCAGAAAGAUAUAAUAGUGUAAAUAAGAAAUCUCAUGAAAGAAAGAGAUAUAAAAAUUCUCCGGAAAUAUAUAAUAAAAGAAUGAAUAGUAGAAGAGAAAAAAAAAUAGAAACAUUUGAAAAAUCACCAUGUAAGCUUGAUAAUAAAAAGGAAACAAUAAAUAAUUCAGAGAAUUCUGAGCGUUUUUUAAAAGAAAAAAAAAAGAGUCUUGAUUACAGAGAAUCAAAAUUUGCUGAUGAAAAAUACGAUAAACAUAAAGAAAAAUAUAAUAAAGGAAAUUUUGAGCUUAAUGAAAAAAAUAAAUCAUGUAAGACACUAAAAUAUCCAAACUAUAAGUAUAUUGACAAUGACAAGGCAGCGAAUCAUAAAGAUAUCAAGAUUGGAAAAGAUGUAAUUAAUAAAAAAUAUAUACAUAAGGAUAAUACAAAUGCAUAUGUUAAUGAAGAUGAAAAAUAUAGUGAAGAAAAAAAAGAAAAAAAAGAGUCAUAUUAUAAUAUAAAUGAUAAGAAAAAUAUACAAACAUAUCCCAAAAAUUUUAAUGAAAAUGAUGAACCAUGUAAAAGUAAGAAAUAUUAUGAAGUAUGCAGAGAUAGCAAGGAAAUAGAAGAAAAAAGUUUGCAGAAAAAGAGCUCCUUGAAAGAUGAUAAUAAAUCAAAAAGAAAGAUAGAAAAUAUAAAUGAAAAUAUAGGUGAAUAUAUCAGUGAAAAUAUUAAAGAAAAUAUUAGUGAAAAUAUAAGUGAAAAUGCACACGAAAGUAUUAGUGAAUCAAGAAAUUCGACAAGUGAUGAAAAACAUACAGAAAAAAACAAAAAUGAAAAUAGUAGCUAUGAAGAAGAUGCAGUAGAAGAAUGUGAAACACCAAAUGAAUAUUCGAGUGACAGUGAAAAAAAUAAGGUUGAUUGUAUAUUAAAUGGAUGCAGAAGUGUAAAAAAUUAUAGAAAAUUAAAUAAAAUAAGCGAAGGCACAUACGGUACAGUAUUCAGAGCACAGAAUAAAAAAACAAAAAAAAUUGUUGCUCUUAAACAAUUGAAACAUUUUUCAAGUAUACAAAAUGAAGGAUUUGCAAUAACCUCAUUGAGAGAAAUAAAUAUAUUAUUACAACUAAAGCACGAAAACAUCCUAUCAAUUAAAGAAGUAGUAAUUGGUAAGAAUUUAAAUGAUAUAUAUUUAGUAAUGGAAUAUAUUGAACACGAAUUAAAAAUAUUAUUAGAUAAUAAAUUACCAAGUUUUACAAUAUCUGAAUUAAAAUGCCUACUAAAGCAGUUAUUAAGUGGAAUAAAUUAUUUACACACUAAUUGGGUUAUGCACAGAGAUUUAAAACCAACUAAUUUAUUAUAUAGUAACAGAGGAAUAUUAAAAAUUUGUGAUUUUGGGAUGUCUAGAAAAUUUGGUCAUAUAAAUAUACAUAAUCUUACAAAAAAUGUGGUAACCUUAUGGUAUAGGGCACCUGAAUUAUUAUUAGGAGAAAAAUUUUAUACAAAUAAAAUUGAUAUAUGGAGUGUAGGAUGCAUUUUUGCUGAAAUGAUAUUAAAAAAACCACUAUUUAUAGGAGAUAACGAAUAUGAACAAAUUAUGAAAAUUUUAAGUUUAUUAGGAUUACCGGAUAAAGAAUCUUAUCCUGAGUUUUAUGAAUAUACAUUUAUAUCGAAAAAUAAAGACUUAUUUAAAAAAAAAAAAAUUAAAAUGAAUGUUAAUAAUAUUCGUUCCUAUUUUCCAAAUGUAGCUAAUCAAUUUUCUGGUUUAUAUUUGUCUGAUAAUGGAAUAGAUUUAUUACAAAAAUUAUUACAUUUUAAUCCCAAAAAUAGAAUAUCUGCAGCUGAAGCUUUAAAUCAUCCCUAUUUUAAAGAAUUUCCAAAACCGACAGAAAUAAGUGAAAUGCCAAUUAUACCAGAUACUAACAAAGUUAUCAGAUCCAGUAAAAUGGCUCGGCAUGUUAAUUUAUUAAAUCAAAAAAAUAUCCAGUUCCAUUCCUAA